CUGAAAAUGUCAUGUCCCAACAAUGUGACUUCUAACUCGUUUUUGAUGGACUCGUUGGCCGGUACCUGUAGAGGGGAGAAUUAUUCCUCCAGCCAAGGGAUGUACAUGCAGCCUGGGAGCGAUUUCAGCUGCGGAGUCAUGAGGAACUGUGGAAUUAUCCCGUCUCUUUCCAAAAGGGACGAGGUGAAUAGCGCUACCUUGUCUCUCAGCACCUAUCCAUCUUACCUUUCUCAGCUAGACACUUGGUGUGACCCCAAAAAUACGUACAGGAUCGAGCAACCUGUUGCAAGACAGCUCCCAUCCUGCUCCUUCCCAACCAAUGUCAAGGAAGAGAAUGUUUGCUGUAUGUAUAACGCUGAUAAAAGAGCUAAAAAUGCCACAGAGACAGCCCUCUACCCCAACCAAAUGCCUGAGUCUUGCCUAAAUGACCAUGAAGUCCCCGUUCCUAGCUACUACCGAGCAAGCCAAGGUUACCCCUCCAUGGAGAAGACGUCAAACUGCAGCAAUCCAAAUGAGUUUGAGGCAAGUUUUGAAUCCAGGGCGAGCCUGAACCCAAGGAAUGAGCAUCUGGAACCAGCACCACCACCUCCUCCACCUCCUCCGCCGCCCCCGGUGGCUAAAGUGAGUUUCCCCGAAAACACAAAAACAGAUAAUACUCAGAACACAUCCACGAACGAAAUUAAAACAGAAAAAAGCGCCCCAGCACCCAAAAUAAGUCCUUCGGAAGCAGAGAAAGACCUGAAUAAAAACACUGACACCAGCACUGACAAUUCUGACAAUGAAGCAAAAGAGGAUAUAAAGGCAGAAAACACUACAGGAAAUUGGCUGACAGCAAAGAGCGGAAGAAAGAAAAGGUGUCCUUACACCAAGCACCAGACGCUGGAGCUGGAGAAGGAAUUCUUGUUCAAUAUGUACUUGACCCGUGAGCGCCGCCUGGAGAUUAGUAAGAGCAUUAACCUGACAGACAGACAAGUCAAAAUCUGGUUUCAAAACCGCAGGAUGAAACUCAAGAAAAUGAACAGAGAGAACCGAAUCCGUGAACUGACUUCCAAUUUUAAUUUCACUUGAGUGUGCUCCAGCCCCUAUGCAGGCGAGGGAGAGGGGAGAGAGGAAAAGCCUUGUGCAGUUUGGGUUUUUAUUUUUAUUUUUAUUUUUUUUCUCUCCUGGGUAUAAAUGCAAUGCGUAUGCAAAAUUAAAGGACCUCAAGUCAUUUGGGUAUUUACAGUUUGUAGAGAGAAGAUGCAGCGGUAUGAGCAUGAGGAUAUAUAUUGCAUCCGUGUUUCUAUGUAAAAUAAAGAAGGAGAUGGUUGCUAAAAACCACCUUAUAAAAUGUUUAAGUUAUUUACGUGCAGCACAAAACAGAAGGACCUUUCUCUAUGCAUUUUAUGUUUAGGAUAAUAGAUGCGUCUAAAAGUUUGCUUUUCAUAUUCUAGUGUAGUCUGCCUAUUGUAUAAUAAAAAUGACUAAAAGAUGGAUUUCAUAUAAGUGUCUGUAAAUUAAAGUUGCAGUGGGAACAUGCUCACAUCCUGUAGUUAUGCAGUUUCUUCCAAUGAAGUGAUACUAUCUACCAUAUAUUUAAGACAAAAAAAAAUAUUAAAAAAUAAAGCAGUAUUGGUAUCCUAUUAUGAAA